AUGUAUCACCUGGCUAAAUCGGUAUAUCUCUACGCGACUAGCAAGGAAGAGUACUCCGUCCUAUUACUUGGUCUGGACAAUGCCGGGAAAACGACCCUCUUGACACAAAUCAAAGCUCUCUACCAACCCCGAGCAGAUGGCGCCCCCGCGCCCAAUCCCGGGAAGACCGUCCCUACCGUCGGCCAGAAUGUCACCACUAUCUCAUUACCGGACAUAAACCUCAAGAUAUGGGACGUUGGUGGUCAGAUCUCCAUGCGUGGUCUUUGGCAGAGCUACUAUACCAGCUGCCACGCGAUCAUCUUCGUGGUCGACAGCACCGACGUGGGCCAAGACUCCGAUAUCACACGACUCCCUUCCGCUGCCGGACGACGCCCCAGCUCCGUGUCAGGUCCAACUCGCGGCAACACAAGCAACAGCGACUUGUUCUCAGAGCAGAAUGUUGGCACCAACGCCGGAGGAAGUGAAUUCGGACGUCUGGACGAGUGUCGGCAGGUGCUCGAGUCCGUCCUCCAGAGCGCCGACGUGGCUGGGGUCCCGAUCCUGGUGCUGGCCAAUAAACAGGAUCGCGAGGAUUGCGUCGAGGUGGUCAGGAUAAAGGAAGGAUUCGUGCGCAAGGUUUUUGAAAGCGACACGGGUACAGGAGUUCGAGAUAGUCGCGUGCUGCCGGUCAGUGCGUUAAUGGGGUCUGGGGUGCAGGCGGCAGUGGAGUGGGUACAAAGCCGUGUUAAGUGGAAUAAAGAGGGACGACCACCAGUGAUGCGUUGA